GCAAUAUCUCGCCUAGCCUAUGUCACUUUAUACUAAUUAUAAUAUGUUCUGUCUAACCAAAUUUGAUAUUUAAUUGCAAAUAUUUAGAGACAUGCUCCAAUCAGACCUAUCCACUUGGAAUGGAAGAUGGAACCAUCCCUGACGAAAAUCUUGAUGCAUCCAACGACGCCCAUGAAACCCGCUAUGCUAGACUCAAUCAAGAAUCACCUAAACGUGGUUGGAAACCAAGAGAUCACCCUGGGGAGUGGAUUGAAGCUGACCUCAGUGUUGUCAAAACGAUAACUGGAGUUACCACCCAAGGUUGCUAUGAUGAAAAUAAAUGGGUAGAAGUGUAUGAAGUUCAGUAUAGUACAGAUGGUCAAGAAUUUGCUAAUGCAGUGGGACCGGAGGGCAAUAUAUUUGUAGGAAAUAUUGAUGCUGAAACCCACGUCAUUAAUCUUUUUACGAAUCCUGUUCUUGCUCAAUUCAUCCGCAUUGUUGUAGUCGAAUGGAAUAAUGAUAUCUGUCUACGAUUUGAAGUUCUUGGGUGUACAGUACCAACCACUGCAGCACAUACUACUCUAGCACCAACCACUGAAGCACCGACCACUGAAGCACCGACCACUGAAGCACCAACCACUGAAGCACUUACCACUGAAACAUUGACCACUGUACCAUUAGCAAUUGAACAACUAACUCCAGAACCAGCCGGUG